AUGAUGUCCAACUCUUUGCAGCGCCUCCUGCUUCUCUUACCACUGCUGUCCUCAUUGGUUGGCUUGACCAAGGCAGGUUACCAAGAAGAUUAUUUUCAGGAACUGCGGUUCCGUUCUUCCGUCGAAAAGGCCAUGCGAAGCGUAGCGCAGAUUCUAGAAACCACGAGACACCCACGACUUGCCCAAGACGAGGACCAUGUCUACGAGGACAAGUAUGCCUUGGCCGAGUUCCUCACCAAUACUGUGAUUGCAGCCGAAAUGAAUACCCUGGAGGCUUCGCUAGGAUUCACCAAGGACGUUUUCGACAAGGUUUGGACAAAGGUACACGACGACAAGAAAUCAGUUACCAUGAGAUUCCAGGCGGAGAAAACAACACGCUUCCUCAAGGACGAAGAAGUGAGUGUGGUGACCGGUGAAAACGAAGUGGAAGAAGUGGAAAUUACGGAAAGUGGAUCCGAAGGUUCUUCUUUCUGGGGAGGUAAAAACAAUGAAAAGACCAAAACUGUCAAGACCAAAAUCAGAGAGACCGUCCUGCAGCGUCACUGGAAAGUUGGCCUCAAAAUUCAAUUGGUGCUCUUUUUUGGUGCUGACACGGACCAUCCCAUCGAGUUGCUUUCUAGAAACUCGUCGAGAACCUUUGUCACUUCGGGAAGCAAAAAGAUGGGUACGGAAGCUCCACCAUCAACCGACGAAACAACUGCCAACUAUGGUCCUUCGGAUAUCAAUUUGACCUGGCUGAUGCAAAUGAUAUCCCGAGAAAAGAUGUCACAGUUUUCAAUCAAUCGAGAUGACAACAAGACUUGUAAGACACCCAGGAGAAAUGAAGAUGUGGAUGCCGCUGUCAAAUUCCUGCUAGUGAUGGAGGCUUGGGCGAGCCAAGUGGUGACAUUCUUUCAGGGAACUGUGGCACGGAUGGAAACCUACACAACUGCUCAAUCGAAAAAGUACCAAUCCUUUAUGGAUGACAACCACCAGGUCGCCGAAUCUCUCUUCCUCCCUACGUUGCCAUUGCUGGAAAACUCCACCGUCUUGUCGGAUCUAGACCUUGGAAGACUCUUGAACGAACAGGCUCGGCGCAUCGACGAAGCAAACAAUCGUAUAGAGUCAACACUCGAUGAUAACGAUCCCACCACUUUGAUUUCCGCUGUGGAAGCCAAACUCAUUGUUGCCUCGAUUCAUUUGAAACAGUUGGUUCUUCAAUACAGAGACUCCAUCAAUUACAUUGAAGACCUUCUGAAAAAUCAGCUCAAGCGAGCCAUUGGCAAGGAGCUGACAGCCAGCGACUUUGAAUCCUUCAUGAGGAGCCACUACCAAAAGCUGUUUGGAUCGGAUUAUGCUCCCAAGUUGUUCUCCUAUGCCGUUCGACGACCCAAUCACCACCCCGAUGGCAUUCUCUCUAUUGAAGGCCCCACAGUAAAGGACACUACAGUCAGCUAUGAUCCGGCACAAACAUUCGUACGGCAGAUCCAAAGCGACAAUCCCGAGUCGUCAUCAAUCUAUAUCCCCAUAAAUGCCGCCACAUCGGUUGAAAUUAAAGGUGAUCGAUAUUUACAUGGCUGGCUCCAGCAUCGCUUCAAUGUUGGGGUGCACAGUGGGCAAUCCCAGUUCCGGUUAGCUGCCCGGGCACAUCAAUUCUCCAACUUUCUUCUAGUUGUGGGAACCAUGGCGGGACCAGACAAGUUCCAGCCAAGCAGCGCUAUUGUCCUUCAAAACAAGGAUGAAGUGCUUAUCCCACUCAUCACAGAGAUUAUUCCCUCUGCCAAAGAGUUCAAGGAUGCCAUCUCAUCCUUGUCGCCCGAGCAGCAAGCAUUUGCAAAGGCCUUUCGGGCCAGUCAACUAGCAUCGAGCUUGUUUGGAGUUUGUGUGAUCCAGCUUAAACCACAAUUGGAAAAGCUCCUUGGGCUACCUUCAGAUACACUGACCAAAGAAAUCAAAUUGACGCAAGACUUGAUGAACCUCUUUGUGGAAUACCAAAUACCGUCCGAUCUUCUUAGUGUGCACCAUGAAUUGUCCAGCAGCCUCAAUGCUACGGUGAAGCUGGAUAGUGUAAAGAGUAAUGUUCGAGCUGUGAUGGAUGUGAUUGAGCAAGCGAAAGAAGAGAUCCGAUUGGAAGAAAAACGCAAGGCAGAAGUGAAGGAGCAGAUGUAUCCAAGCGCCAGUCCAAGUGCAAGCCCCUCCGGCAGCCCUAGCCGAAGUCCCUCUGCUUCCCCGAGCUCAAGCCCCAGCUCCAACGAAUUUUAUGCCAGUACAACGUCAAGUCGCAGCUCUGAACGGGUGAUGCCAAGAGCUGCUCGGAGUCUAUCCACGGCCAAGAUGGAUGCUGUUCUGAGUGAGAGCUCUGCCCAUUCCCAGAGCUUUGCGGGGGCACCACCAAAGAAGUCUGCCUCAUAUCAGGAAGGUUCCAUUCCAGAACCCAGUGAAGAGGAGGUCGAUGAAAGCGGCGAUAAUGGCAGCCCUGAGAGCGCAAUGAAGUCUCAGAGAUCACUGGCAAGUGAUUUCACAUUGUUACCGAAGCUCCUUGAUUCACUUUUGGAGAAACACGACCAGGAUGGGUCACUUCGGUCAACGAUUGUCAAAGCCAGGGACUCAUGGACGAGGACGCGGAAGGAGAAUUUGCUCACUCCCAGUCGGACCGAAUUCAUUGGGACACCUGUCAUUGAAACAGAGAAGAAGAAGGCAUUUGAUUUGCUGGACGCCUUGAGUCGAAGCGGUAGUUUACCAAUCGAACAGUCCGAGUUGCACAUUGUCGUUGUACUUUCACAUUGCUUUGAAGACGAUCUGAUAUCCACGAUUGUCAAGGACAACAUUAACCCAAUCGAAAAGGCAGAGAAGUCGUCGUUGCUGGUUGCUUCGACAGUUCAUGGGCAAGCUGUAAACGAGCUCAUCGGAGACCCUGACACGUUGCAGAGGCUGACCGAUACCUUUCCGGCAGUCGUCGAAGCCUCGACAGAAAUUGCGGCGCAAGCAGCUUAG